AAAAAAAAUGAAAAGGAUUCACUCGAGAUUGUGCGGGAGGGAGUGCGAUCAGAAACCCAUGGAAUAGGACUCUGCGUGCGACAUUCGAUUCGAAGCCGAGAACCUGAAAAAGAACGGGCUGGAGAGGUUAGAACUGGAAAAGGGGAUCUUGAAGGAGGCGAAUCGUUUGGAGUUUGCAAGUGAAUAGAGAUUCGCGCCAUGCGACCGACGCGCAGCGGAUGUCUCUAGAUGUGUGAACGGACUGUUAAUGAAUCUCGAGCGGGAUUAACUGUAGCAACCCGGUCCCACUGUUGCUACUCUGCAUCUGCUCAAGCGGUUUCCGGAGGCCACUUCGGUCGCUACUUUCUAAAUUAGUCACACGGUUUUCCUUUUGUCGUACGCUGCAUGCUAUAGAAGUUGCCGAUCAACCUUCCUUUCAGAGGAGUGCGGGCUAUUCGACGGCUGCUGUUUCGUUUAACCACCUAAUAUUGCUGCUGGGACAGAAUUGAGCUUGGAAACACACCUGUUUACAUAUGAGCAGUUUUGAAGUGGGCGUGGCAGUGCGCUGGAAUCGAUGAUCGUUUUGGGAAAGAAAACACCAUGUCAUUUUUUCUUUGUAUUAGUUAUCCUCAGUCGUGGUGAGGAUCCGCGGUGGUGGUAGUGAAAGUAAGGUGGUUGAAGUCGAGACACAGAGACGUGAGCAAGUGCGAGGGACGCACUUCUAGUACGCGGAUUUUAGCUUGUAUCUCUGCAUGUUUGCGUUGAGGGUCUUCAGGUAUUUCAUUUCAGUGAACAAUCAAUAGAAAUGAUUGCAAGCACGCGAGGAAUGUGGCGAUGAACUGAAUGGUAGUUUAUGCACUCUUUAGUGCGCUUUUUCAAGUGGGGAAUGUGUGCAAGAUCAGAACAGUGGGUUGAGGAUGGGUGAACUAGCUGGACUGAAGAUUGUGUGAGGUCUUGUGUUAGGGUAGCCGUUAUUUUUGUCCUCCCCUCUUUUUAAAGAGAUUUGUCGAGAGAGAGACGAAAUCUCUUGGAAUUGAUUAGACCUCGAUUUUUUCUUUGGGUUGGACCCAACCAGCCAUGGCCUUGGCACUACAUUGGAGUAGGUCACUUCAAUUUGGUACAUGCAAUGCAGUAUCUAGAGACUUUCUUCCUGUCCACGAGAGUUGGUUUUUGCGGGGAUCACGUCGUCCUGUCAGUGUUGAUUCACCAGCAUCGAUGCGAACACUCUGCAUUGUCCCUACAACUCCCUCUGAUCUUUUGAAAUCCAGUAUGAAUUCAUCCGCACAUCUUUCGCGGAUUGCAUCGGGUCGAUUUGGCAUCGAUUAUGCUCUGGCCUGUCGUCAUUCUCCGAACCUCAAGGUAGAUAGAUUACUAAAGAAACAAAGAACUGUGUAUGAGGCGGCAGCUUCCAGCGCGUCUUCUUCAUCUGGAGCGCAGGGAGAUUUUGACUGUGUCACUUUUCUAGGUAGAGAAUUCCUGCUGAAGGACGUACAAUUCGUUUCCGCGGCUGUAGCCACAGUUCUUUUGGCAUGCACCAACAAAAUUCUGUACAAAAUGGCUCUUGUACCUCUAAGUAGAUAUUCUUUAUUUUUGGCACAAUUCAACACAUUCACGUAUGUGGUCGCUUAUUCAUCGUUACUCCUCAUGCGUUACCGGGCCGGGAUAGUCACGAAGGAGAUGCUCGCUAUUCCGAAGGCAAGAUUUGUAAUGAUCGGUGCCUUGGAAGCCUUAGGCAUCGCCAUGAGUAUGUCGGCUGCUGCAGUUCUUCCCGGUGCAACCAUCCCAGUUUUGGCUCAGGUGUUUCUAGUGUGGCAACUUCUCCUUUCGUCAACAAUUUUAAGAAAGCGCUAUACAUUUGGGCAAGUUGGAGGAUGCUUGCUGGUGAUUGCUGGUGUUGUGGUCGUGGUUGCAAGUGGAUCGGGAGGAGUUGGCGUGGGCACAUUACAGCAGUCUGGCUAUUUCUGGCCUAUUGUAAUGAUAGUCUCCACACUGUUCUUCGCAGCUUCGUCAAUUUUGAAGGAGCUUGUGUUCCGAGAUGGUGCCAAACAAUUGAAAGGAGGUAAUCUGGACCUCUUCGUGGUGAACACAUUUGGAUCAUUUUUCCAAUCAAUUUUCGUCUCGAUCAUCCUUCCAGUGGUGUUCAAUGCUCGAGGAAUACCUUUCCAUCAGAUUCCACAGAGUCUCAAAGAAGGCUAUAUGUGUUUUUUCAACCUUGGUUCCGGAGUCAGUGGCUGUGAAGGCGCUCCUCUUGUUCCUCUUCUGUAUGUCGUAGUAAACAUGGCUUUCAACAUCAGUUCCCUUAGUUUGCUGAAACACUACUCCGCCAUAGUCUCCUCUCUCUGUGUAACACUGUCGAUCCCCCUUGCAAUUUGGGCUUUCACUCUACCGUGGCCUUACUUGGGAGUCCCACCAACUUUACCGUCUGGUUUUUUCCUAGGUGCGGCCAUUCUUGUAACGGGCCUUGCCACGUACAGCUUAUCAAAACCUGCCGAGCAGGAGGUCCACCGGGAUUAGAGUUAGUCCUUUGAUGUAACGGCCAGGUACUAGACGCGGGUGGAUAGUUAGAAUCUCACUGAUUCUCCACCACUGCGUAUUGAACCGGUGGAGAACAUGGCAAUCACAAAGUGGAGGCUGUGGAGCGUGUGGGUGGAUUUCGGGUUCAUUUCGUGAUCUCAAUACUUGUAGAGGGGGUUUAGCUCCUAUUUCUUUGCGGCAUUCUUCAAGCAGCAAGGACUAGGCUGCCGACUUCAAACUCGCCGACAUGAUGUCUGUAACGUAUUUGUGCAUGUGUGAAGAUUGGAGCGAUGAAGACAAAUAUUAGCUUUUGUGAACUUGAAUAGAGUGGCAUUUAGUUAGAACCGAGGUGAUUGGGAUCUGCUAAGGUGACAGCACCAGCCCUCAGUCUCCACAAGACGUCGUUUCCUGAAUGUCGUUAGGUUUGUUUCUGUAGAGAUUCUUAGUGAAAGUAGUUUUAUGAAGUUUUCAGAUGAGAGUAUGUUUAGAAUAUUCCGGCGAUAUGAACCCACAUCUACAGUACUUAUGGUUCGUGUCUGUUGGAAUUAUUGCUACAGAACAUUGUUGCUACAUUUGUGUCUGAAGCAGAACACUCUCGUCGGUUCUUCACUUUUAGCAGAAUCGUAAACUUCAUCGAAUGUUUUGAAGAUUAGAUUUACACUGAGCUGAAAAUUUUCAAAAGUGGACGUUUAGUAAUUCAAAUCUGUUGUGUAACAGCUUUCGAUUUCUUUGAA